GCUGGCACCGCCGUGAUAGCAAAUUUGGUCUCUGAUUCAUCCAUUGGCCACACGACCGCCACUGCGCGACGAUAACGAGUUGCAUGAGACUCUACACCCGCAUGCCAAUCUUGCAACAUAUCCACAACCACGAAGACAAGACCAUAAUAACAAAAACGAGAACAAGAACAACGAGAACAACAACGACAGCGCCAUGUGGCAUACCAACCCGGACCUCAUCGAGGAUCCGGACCAGUCCACCCCCGAGGCGUCACGCACGCCGCUGGUGCUCGUCCACGACGGGGGCGGCACCACCUUCAGCUACCACUGCAUGCACCCGCCUCUCGGCCGCCCCAUCUGGGCCGUCGCGAACCCGCGCUUCCACACGGGCGAGCCCUGGGCCGGCGGCCUGCCCGAGAUGGCCCGCCACUACGUCACGCUGCUGCGCAACGCCGUCGGCAGGGGGCCCAUCAUCCUGGGCGGCUGGUCGCUCGGCGGCCUGCUCUCGCUCGAGAUGGCCCGCCUGCUGGCCGGCGACCGGUGGCUGCGCGUCGUCGGCCUCGUCAUGAUCGACAGCGUGUGUCCCCUGGCCCUGCGCGCGGCGCCGGCAGGACAGCAGCAACAGGCCGACGGGGACGGGUUCAAGGCGGCCGCGUCCCCGGCGCAGAUAGCCGUGGCCACGGAGCACGCCUUUAGCAGCAUGACCAAGCCCGACACGAAAGAAAAGGUCAGAAGGUGCUUCGCCGAGUCGUCGGCCAUGGUCAACACGUGGACGCUGCCGCGGUGGAGUGACGACGAAACGUCGAGGCCGGGGGUGCCGAGCGGGGCCACAACCGCCGCCGACGCGGGCUCACCGCUGCUGCCGCCCCCGGCCAUCCUCCUCCGGGCGCAGGAGUCUGUCCCCGUCGAGGAGGAGAAGGUCGCGCGCGUGGAUGUCGCGCGGGAUGACCACAGGCUGGGCUGGGACGAGUACCGACCGGGCCUGUUCCGCCAUGUCGUCGACAUUCCCGGCCACCACUACAACAUCUUUGCCGAGGCAAACGUCGGCGCAGUCAGGGCCGCGCUGAUCGACGCAUGCGAGAGUCUGGAAGGAUUCGCCUAGACCAAUAGAGCUCGUUUGUUUGUUUUGAGAUAGACUAUAGGAAACUUGGCCAUGCUAUAACAAGAGCUCAGUAGACCAGAAGCUUCCCGUGAGCGCGAGUCUCUCUCGUUCGUAUCCAG